UAGCCCCUUUUCCUGUUCGUCAAAAUGGGUAUCGAUAUCAAUCAUAAACAUGAUAGAAAGGUGCGUCGAACGGAGCCCAAGUCUCAAGAUGUGUAUUUACGUCUUCUCGUCAAGCUAUACCGAUUCUUGGCGAGAAGAACAAAUUCAAAAUUUAAUAAGAUCAUACUGAGACGACUUUUUAUGAGCAAGAUUCACCGACCACCCAUUUCACUCGCACGUAUUGUGCGAUUUAUGAAAAAACCUUCACGAGAGAAUUGUAUCGCUGUGAUUGUUGGUACUGUCACAUGUGAUGCUAGAAUCUUUGAGGUUCCAAAAUUGACGGUAUGUGCUUUACGCGUGACAGAGAAAGCUCGAGGACGUAUUUUGGGAGCUGGUGGUGAAAUAAUCACAUUUGAUCAGCUGGCAUUACGUGCUCCAAACGGCAAACACACCGUUUUAAUGCAAGGUCCGCGUAAAGCUCGCGAGAGUGUAAAACACUUUGGUCCAGCACCUGGUGUGCCGCACUCUCAUACAAAACCGUAUGUGCGGUCUAAGGGUCGAAAGUUUGAAAGGGCAAGAGGCCGCAGGCGCAGCUGUGGUUACAAAAAAUAAGAUUCAUUUUAUAUGUCCAGCAAACAUUCUAUGAUCGCAAUCUUUUUUUCUCACAGAACACAGCUGCGAAAUAAAGGUUAGCUCAUUAACAA